GUGUGAUGUCGGUAGCGUUGAUAUCAUAUUGGCAUCUCGUGGUUUCUCUUGGGAAUUAGGGUUUGAGCCCUCCUGCUUUGAUCGGUCGUUGAGAAAUGGGAGGGGGAAAUGCGCAGAAAUCGAAGAUGGCUCGCGAGAGGAACCUGGAGAAGCAGAAGGCUGCUGGAAAAGGAAGCCAAUUGGAAAAGAACAAGAAAGCAAUGACGAUUCAGUGCAAGGUAUGCAUGCAAACGUUCAUAUGUACGACGACGGAAGUGAAGUGCAAGGAGCACGCGGAGGCAAGGCACCCGAAAUCCGAUCUCUUCGCUUGCUUUCCCCAUCUCAACAACAAGUGAACGAAUGAGCGAAUGAAUGAAUGGUCAGACCACUGCUCUCUAUACCUAUACCCCAUAUCUGUAAUUCCACGUUUGUAUCAGUCUCUUGGAUCAACAACCAGUUUGCCUUAUCCGUGUCUUCUGUAACACCGGUUGCUGCUGCUAGAUCAUAAGAAACCCUUUUGAAAAUAAAAAAAAAAAACAUUUUUUCUCUGUUAAUAAAUCAUUAAAUCGUACAACGUGGGUGGUUUAUACGA